AUGAGUGAAGAGACCGGCGCAGGCGAGCGCUUUGCCAUUGGUAUUUCCUUUGGAAAUUCCAGCAGUUCUAUUGCGUUCACAGGACCGGAUGGAAAAGCCGAGGUCAUCGCCAACGAAGAAGGAGACCGUCAAAUCCCAUCUAUCCUCUCCUACGUCGAUAGCGAAGAGUUCCACGGUACACAGGCCAAAGCACAGUUGGUCCGUAACUCGAAGAACACUGUCGGAUAUUUCAGGGAUUACCUUGGAAAAGACUUCAAGUCGAUAGAUCCUACUCCUGCUCAUCAGUCGGCGCACCCUCAACAACACGAAUCCACUGUUGCUUUCACAAUUCGAGACACAGACGCCGAAACACCCAGCACCGUCACCGUUUCUGAAAUCACGACCCGCCACCUCCGUCGUCUGAAGCAGUCUGCUUCUGACUUUUUGGGAAAGACAGUCAACGCGGCAGUCAUCACAGUCCCCACAAAUUUUUCUGACGCACAACGUGAGGCGCUUGUUGCAGCCGCCAAGAAUGCCGACAUCGAGGCCCUGCAAUUGAUCCACGAACCGGUCGCUGCUCUAUUGGCCUACGACGCUCGCCCCGACGCUGUCGUCGAGGACAAGCUCGUUGUCAUUGCUGAUUUCGGUGGAAUCCGCUCUGACGUUGCAGUUGUCGCUUCGCGCGGUGGAAUGUACUCUGUCCUUGCGACAGUUCACGACUACGAGUUGGGAGGUGCCAACCUCGAUCAAGUCGUUAUUGACCACUUUGCAAAGGAGUUCAUCAAAAAGCACAAGGUUGACCCUCGUGAGGAUGCUCGUGGUUUGGCCAAGUUGAAGCUCGAAGGUGAGGCUACGAAGAAGGCCUUGAGUAUUGGUACCAAUGCCACAUUGAGUAUUGAAAGUCUGGUUAAUGGUAUCGACUAUGGCUCGACUAUCAACCGUACAAGAUAUGAGCUUCUUUCUGGAAAGAUUUUCUCUCAAUUCACUGGAUUGGUUGAGUCUGCCGUCAAGAAGGCCGAACUCGAUGUUUUGGAUAUCGACGAGGUCAUUCUUGCCGGUGGUACCUCCCACACACCCAAGAUUGCCCGUCUCCUCCAAAACGUCUUCCCCGAAAAGACCAAAGUCCUGGCCCCCUCCACAACCCCCUCAGCCAUCAACCCCUCCGAACUCUCUGCGCGUGGCGCCGCCUACCAAGCCUCUUUGAUCCAAGAAUUCGACAAAGAGGACAUCGAACAAUCACUCCACCCCAUGGUCACCGUAACCCCUCAUCUCAGCAAGACAAUCGGCGUACAACUCGUCUCUGCCGACGAAAACGCCGAAGAUGCUGUUUUCGCUCCUUUAGUCAACGCCGAGACAGCCCUCCCAGCUCGACGAGUGGCUCAAUACACCGUGCCCAAGGAAGGCGGCGAUGUCCUUGUGCGCAUCAGCGAAGGCGAACGCGAAAUCAAAGUAACCAAACCCGAACCCAAACCCAAGGCCGAAAAAUCCGAAAAGGACGAGGAAGACUCAGACUCAGACUCAGACUUCGACUCCGACGAAGACGAGGAAGAAGAAACUCGAGAAAUUAUCUGGAAAUCGACAAAGACCAUCGCCGAAGCUGCUAUCAAGGGCGUCAAGGCUGGUGGCAAAGUCGAGGUUACUAUAAACAUUAACCCUGAUCUCGGAUUGCAAAUUACUGCGCGCGAAGUCGGUGGAAAGGGUGGUGUGAGACUUGCUGUUGAAGCUCCUCAAGCUAGCGCAAAUGGAUCUGCUUAAAGCAUUGAAGUGGAGGUUCAAAUGAUAUGAAGAAAAGUCGAGAAAAAGAAAGUGCGUUGUAAAAUGUCUUUGGAGAUGUGG